AUGGAGAUGAUAUUUUCCUUAUCUCGCUUUGACUAUGGUGGUACAAGGUGGAUAGGGUGCUACUCGAGCUAUCUCGGUCUCGAUGUAGUUCGAGCCGGCUCGGUCUCAAUGUCGUUCGAGCCGGCUCGGUCUCAAUAUCGUUCGAGCCGUCUCGGUCUCAAUAUUACAGUGGUUUGCUCCUCUAGGAACAAUGGGUUGACACUCCGUUAUGUUGUGUUAGGCGACGUGGUGCCCGUCAACAUGGUGUUCAUUGACAUGGUGCUAAUCGACAUGGUGAUGGGACCUGGUCAAAAUGGAACGAGGGAGUCACGGGUGAAUCUAGGUAGUCGGUGGGGCUGA